AGCUUCCUGCGUUCCAUUCCGCUUCUGCGUACAAGCAUUUUUGUGUUUGGAAGCCUUGUGUACUUGUCGAAAUGGCCGAGGGUGAUAUCGAGGAAUUCAUUGAACAAAACAGGCAUUUGUCCGAGCUUGUAGACACAUAUCGUGGUAUCUCAGAAAGUGAAAAACAUUGGAAGGCCAGGAGGGCAUUCCUAUUCAGAAAUAUAAACGACUUUGAAGACCCACACAUUGAUAAGCUGCUUGCUUUGUCCAUGGUAUGGGCCAACAACGUGUUUCUUGGCUGUCGAUACAGUCCAGACCUCUUGGAGAAAGUGAAUGAAAUGGCUGAAGGAAUUGUUGUGGAGGAUGCCCCUGUUUUCAAAACCAGAGAUGAGAUCAUGAAAAAUCAGAAACGAUGAUUGGAUGACCUGCUCCGUUAUGGAUGGAUUACCUUACUUUACUCAGAUGCAUAUGGUUUUAAAAUGUUAUUUUAAUAACAUGCAAGCUUCUUAAUGUUUUUUUUUUUAUCGUGUAUUACAACAAAUGUAACACAAGCUAAACAUUUUAUACAUAAAAAUAAUUUUAGCUGA